ACGGAGAGCUACAUUUUUAGUGCUGCGUUUCGAUUUUGGAGUCGCCAAAUCGGAAAGAGCGACACUUAUUUGUCAAUAACGCGAUAUCACGUUGAAAUAAAUUGCGCGAGAGAGGGAAAUUAAGGUUCCGGGUCCUGCUUAAACGAGCACCGCAAAAAAAAAAAAAAAAUUGGGAAUAAGGUGUAUAUCACUGGUUAGAGGACAAUUUGUAGAAUACCGCUAGCUACAUUUUGAUUCAAGUGGGUUGCUAUCUGGGUUGUCCAUUGAUCGUUGAGAUACAGCUAUGGUCUGCAUUCCCUGCAUCGUCAUUCCCAUUCUCUUGUGGGUGUAUAAGAGGUUCCUUGAACCCAUCAUCUACCCCUUCAUGGGUCCAAUUAUAAGCCGAUUUUGGCCAACAAAAAAAGCUGUCCAGGAGAGUGUCACAGGAACGGGUGAUAUGAAAGCAUGCAAGACCGAAGUCAAUGGCCUGGUUGCUAAUGGGGCAGGUGCAGAUGGUUCAGCUACUGCAGCCUUUGACAAGAAGACUGACUGACAUUUCACUUCACACCUUAAGUUAUAUUUAUCACUGUAAAAGUGUUUUAAUACAGUAUGGAGAAAAACACUAAGUUAAUCAUUAUUUUAUUUAGUUGAGUAAUGUAGAAUCAUUUAAUGCUUGAUUUAACAUAGCAACACAAUUGACAUUUUCCAUAAUGCUCAUUACAAUUGCUUUGAGAGAUUGAUUAAAGAUUGCAUUAUAAUUUCAGGAAUUGUCCAUAAUAUAUUUGCAGGAAUAGUGACAUUUUUGUGUUUCACUGUGAGAUUGGCUGUGAUAUUCACCUAUUCAUUGGCUGCUCCACUGGAGCAGCAUCUGUUGUCAAAAUGUGAAAGCUGUUCUGUCUUUGUGGCUGUGUUAUCUAGUGGUUUCCUGGUUGCUAAAAUUCUACACUGUUCACUCAAUUUCAAUUUAUGUCAGAAAACAAGCACUGAAUGGUGUAGGGCAUCAUUGUACGAUCUAAAUCACUGUGAAUGAUCUUUUCGAUAACAAGAAAUAUUGUCGUUAUCGCUGUUUGAAGCUGGUGGACCAUAACUAAAAGUAACUUUUGGUGCUAGUGGACCAAAACCUAUGGUCCAAAGCCACAAAGUCAGAACAUUUUGACAGCAGAUGACUGUCUGGCGGGAGAAAUCAAUAGGCGAAUAACACAAGAUGGGAGGGUAAGUAAUACUAUGGAACACUAUCAUUCCACUAUUAUUGGCAAAUAUAUUAUUGACAUUUUCUGAAAUUACAAUGGAUUUUUUUUUUUCAAUCCUAUGUGUAGCACCUUUUAAUAAAUGAAUAGUAUUUCUGCCUUUGGUUUCUCAAGCUUGAAUCCCUGAUGUGUUUAUAACAUACAAUACCUAGUUCUGUAUAGUAUUUAGUAUAAAUUUUAUAAAUCUGAAAUAAAUUAUCAACAAUUUAAAAAUUGACAUCUUUCCUGUUUUAAAACAUUUUUCUUUUACUUUGUGCAAUGUAGAAAUAAAGCUAUAUGGAUUACUUUGA